AUGUCGCACGCCCUCGUAAUCGGCGCCUCGGGCCUCAUCGGCUGGGCAGUCGUCGACCAACUCCUCCGCUGCUACCCCUCUCCCACUGCCUUCUCAAAAGUCACCGCGCUCGUGAACAGGCCACUAAAACUGGAAGAUUCGUUUUGGCCUAUUGAUGGCAAAGAAAAGGCAGAGUUGGAUCUGAUCUCUGGCGUGGACUUGACCAGUGAUGACGAGGAAGUUGCAAGGACGUUCAAGGAAAAGGUGAAGGGAGUGGAGAACAUUCGCUAUGUGUUUUAUUUCGCAUUCAAAGAAGUCCUCAGUAGCCCCGAAGAAGAAGUCCGCACCAACGUCUCCAUGAUGCGCCGCCUCGUGCGCGCACUCAAAAAACUCUCCCCGUCUUUCCUAUCCAGCGGCUUCCUAGUCUAUCCCGGCGGGACUCGAGGCUAUGGGAUCUAUCGUCCGGGGGGGAUUUUCAGUGCUCCGUUGACUGAGUCCAUGGCCGACACACUACCACCUGACUACGCGCAAACGGUGGCGUACCCCCAUUACCGCGCAAUGCUGGCCUCCGAAAGCGCGGGGCAAUCCUGGUCCUGGUGCGAGCUCUGUCCCGACGCAAUCAUCGGGUUCACGCCUAACGGCUCGGGGUACUCGCUCGCGGGGCACUGGGCGGUGUAUCUGUAUGCGUGGAAGCUUGUGCAUGGGGAAGGGGCGGAGGUACCGUUUCCAGGAACGAAAGAAGGGUACGACGCGUUGUAUACGGAGACGAGUACGAGAGUGCUAGCAAGAGCUGCCAUAUAUGCGGCGCUGCAUCCGGAAUCUUUCAAAGAAAAGAUCUUUAAUGUGGCCGAUUCGGUAGAGCCGGGACGGAUGCGAGAUAGAUGGCCUGAGAUUGCGGCUUGGUUUGGGUUGAAGGGUGUACAGCCGCAUAGCACGGCGAGAGUGGAGGAUCCUAAGCCGAGUGACUUUAUCAAGGAGCAUGAAGACCGAUUGAGAAAGGCGGGAGCCAAGGGUGUCUCAAUUUGGAAUGCGCAGCAGCUAGAUAGCUAUGGAUAUUGGUUGACAUUUGACCGUCAUCUCAGUCUGGAGAGGUUGCGAAAGGCGGGUUUCAAGGAAGAGAGACCGCCACGGGAGGGAUGGGAAGAGGCCUUUGACAUGUUCAGGAAGGCGGGCAUGGUGGGGUAG